GACAUAUAAUGAUAUAAGAAAUGAUAAUAUCUCUAUCACCAAGAUAACUAUCAUUAACUUCAAGGUCAAUAUACUGUAUUUCAAAUAGUUACAAAUGAGAAGUACUGUUGUUUCUCAUUUUAUUAAUUGAGUUUUUGUUUUAUGGGCUUGAUGAGUGAACUUCAAUGCAACUGAAGCGUUGAUUCUGUGAUUAGGAUGGUCCACUGAACAAUUAAGCUUGUUUGGCGGUGUGGGGGUGGGGACAGUUUUCAUGGCACUAUAAACAAGGGCUAAAACAUUACUGCAGGGUGACUGUGUGGCAUUGUGGUGGUUGCAAUAAUGGGAAUUAGGCAAUGUGUACUUGGGCUUUUAGUGCUGGUUGCAUUUGAUCAUGUGUAUGGUGCCAGACCAAGAGCUAGGGUGUUUCAACCACGGGUGCUGACGCAAAAACCUCAAAGUGUUGAUUCUCAACUUAGUGAACAGUUGAAGCCAAUCCAAGCCCCUCAUGGAGUUCAAUCUCAGAGGCCCCAACUGGCCCCACUGACUCCAAAUGUAGCACUUUCAAGUAUUCAGUCUAAACAAGAAUUCCAGGCCCCAGUCAGCAAGCUGACCUGGAAGUUUCCAGUAGCCCCAGAAGAGCCAGCACAGCCAAACUUUAAUUUUGAGUUGCAGCAGCCUAAACCGUAUGCUGCCAACAGCAUAGCAGUCCAGUGUUGGGAAGAUGCGGUGCACGUGGAAGUGAAGCAAGACUUCUUUGGUACUGGCCAGCUCCUUGAGCCCUCUCUUCUGUCUCUAGGGGGAUGUGGUGUUGUGGACAUAGAUGCAGCUGCCGGAGUCCUCGUUUUUCAUUCACCGCUUCAGGAGUGUGGUGGCGAGCUUGUGGCGACUGAGGAUGAGCUUGUGUACAUCUUUACUCUUGAUUAUAAACCAGCAGCAUUACAGAGCACUCCAAUUGUAAGGUCCAGUGGAGUUACAGUUAGCGUUGAAUGCCACUACCCCAGGAGACAGAAUGUGAGCAGUAGUGACUUGCAGCCAAGUUGGAUCCCAUACACAUCCACCAAGGUUGCAGAGGACAUUCUUGUCUUCUCAUUGAAGCUUAUGACUGAUGACUGGAUGUUGGAGAGGCCUUUGAAUGUUUUCUUCCUGGGUGACAUCUUGCAUAUUCAGGCAUCUGUGAAGCAGUACAACCAUGUUCCCCUUCGUAUAUUUGUGGAUCACUGUGUGGCCACUACAGGCCCUGAUGUGAACUCUGCUCCUACGUAUUCUUUUAUUGAAAAUCAUGGUUGCUUUACUGAUGCAAAGUAUACAGGAUCCAGCUCCAACUUUCUACCCCGGGUGCAAGAUGACAAAAUACAAUUCAAGUUGGAGGCCUUCAGAUUCCAGCAGGAAAGCAGUGGUGCUAUUUACAUCACCUGUCUUCUAAGAGCAAGUGCUGCUUCAUCCCAGAUUGACGAGGAUCAUAAGGCUUGUUCAUUUGGAACAAAUGGAUGGGUCUCUUCUGAUGGAAGUGAUCAGGUGUGUGGCUGUUGUGACGAAAGCUGUGGAUUGAGGACGGAUGGUGUGUUAUCCGACGUUUUAGGUGUCCAGUGGGAGGGAAAAGCCCAAGUUGGUCCCCUUCAGGUCUGGGACAACCAGCAUCAAGCAAAAAGUGUUUAAUUUUUGUAAAUAAAGAUUUUGAUUUAUA